CGCGGCAAAGCAUUGAAGUUUCCCCAGCCUAGACCUUUCAGCCAGUCUAGAGAUAAGGGAACUAUUGAUGAAAUUGUUUGUCAUGCUUGUGGUAAAAACGGACAUAUCAAACCAAACUGCCCUGAUAAUCCCAGGAAUUUCAGAGGUGUGAAGAUCCCGAACCAAUCCUGUCCUGAUGACCCAAGCCCUGCUACUACUGAUGUGGCUACCUUAACAUCCUGCGCUAGUCCUGACCUCUGUGAACCCCCUGAAGAACCUGACCUCUGUGACCUACCCAAUCUACCUUCUUCCUGUGACCUAACCGAUUUCCCUGACAAGCCUACAUUUCCUUUUUCCACUGAAAGUACGCAGGUAUGUAGCGAGAAUUCUUGUCGAUAUUCUAUAGAUGAGGCGCCAAAGAUGUCAAUGUCAAUGGUUGUUCAAACAAGAGCAAAUAAGAGCAAACCGAAUGUAAAUUCAAAACUAAAAUGCCCUGCUGAUGACAGCAUUGAGAUAAACAAAACUUCUUUAAUCAAAGCACAGAAAUCCUGUAAGACCUUAAAACUGAUAAGGGAGAAAUUAGAAAGCGGAAGGGAGGAAAACGUAAAAUCCCGUUCUGUAAAAUAUGAAAUGCGUAACGGUUUGAUCUACAGAUCUGUAUCAAAAUCCUUGCUGCAUUCUCCUGACUUCAUCUUCUACUUUCUAUAUCUUCUGUGCCUAUUCUACUAUACGUACAGCGACAAGUACGACCUCACGAAUGUCCUCAUAUAA